UCCAAAUCCAACGUCUGUCCGCCGCUGAAAACUCUCAGUCCCACCUGCAGCCUUCCUCCCCUUGUUUCCACUCCGCCUUGGAUCGAUCCAUCCAUCGAGCCUUCUCCAGUUAGCCUUUCCCGCCACCUAAAAAGGCACCCGAGGUCGCCGUCCAUCCAUGUGCGGCGGCGCCAUCAUCUACGACUACAUCCCGGCGCACCGCCGCCGGGUGUCCACCGCCGACUUCUGGCCCGACGCCGACCAUUCCGACGCCUACAGCGCCGCCCCCGACAAAGCGCCGCGCGCGAAGCGGGGGCGGACGAACCAGUACCGCGGCAUCCGGCAGCGGCCGUGGGGGAAGUGGGCGGCGGAGAUCCGCGACCCCGUCAAGGGCGUCCGCGUCUGGCUCGGCACCUACCCCACCGCCGAGGCCGCCGCGCGCGCCUACGACCGCGCCGCGCGCCGCAUCAGGGGCGCCAAGGCCAAGGUCAACUUCCCCAACGAAAUCCUCGUCAGCGCGCCCGCGCACGAGGCCUCGUGCACGAUGGCGGCUGCUCCGCCGGCGGCCGUGCUCCCAUCCCCCAAGAAGGAGGAGGAGGGGGAGGGGUUGGAGCCCGCGGCGUGCUCCUGCGAGGAGGUGAAGGCGCUCUCCGAGGAGCUGAUGGCGUACGAGAACUACAUGAGCUUCCUCGGGGUCCCCUACAUGGAGGGCGGGGCCGCGGCCGCCCCUGCCGCCGAGGAGGCGCCGGCCGAGCUAUGGAGCUUCGAGGACAGCUACUACCCGGGCCCUCUUGGGCUCUGAUUGUACCGUGCUCGUGUCAGUUGCUGAAAACAGAGUCAAUAUUUUCCCUUCUGUUCUGUUGAAUUCAUUUUUAGCUCUGGUAAAAUGCCUCAACGUAACUUUUACAAGUUCUCCGUCCGUGUGAAGUAACCUUGUGUUCAGUUUUCAAUUGGCAACUGUGGUGGAUGCCCCAAUGUAAUCGCACAAGUUUUCCAUGUAAAUAGAGGAAUGUUUAAUCCACUCCGUGUUGCACUAA